GCCUAAACCAUUCAAAAUAUAUGGAUGAUAAAGUUAGAAAACAGAGAGUAAACAAGCAAGAACAGAGCAACACAACUCAACAACAAUGGAGAAUUCUUUAACACUUUCACUGCUCUCCACAAUUCCAGUUCCUAAUCCAGUACUCUCAACAAAAUGUAGUGUUCUUUUUCGAGGUUCGAUUUCCUCGAAAAUUGGUACAAAAUGUGGUGGAUUUAGAUCAUCAACAAGAUUGUAUGCAGGGCUAACAGAGAUAGAACCAGAUAUUAACGAAGAUCCUGUUGAUCGAUGGAGAACUAAUGGCAUCGACAUUGAAGAUUAUGUUUUUGGAAAAUACGAUGAUCAUCAUACGUACUUUGAGAGUGAAGAUAAAAAAGUAUCAUUUUGGGGAUCCAUAGCAGAAGAUUAUGCUGCUAUCGCACCCCCAACAGGAUUUCAAGGUAUUAUUUCAUGGCUAUUUCCUCCAGCAAUUGUUGCAGGAAUGUACUUCAAUGUUCCUGGGGAGUAUUUGUACAUUGGAGCAGCUGUUUUUACAAUUGUGUUCUGCAUUAUUGAGAUGGACAAACCAAGUGAAGCACACAAUUUCGAGCCUCAAAUAUAUAAUAUGGAGAGAGGUGCGCGAGACAAGUUAAUAUCGGAUUACAACACAAUGGACAUUUGGGAAUUCAACGAGAAAUAUGGCGAUUUAUGGGAUUUUACUGUUAAGAAAGACGAUAUCAUGAAACGAUAGAAAUAAAAAUGAAACAAAUUCAUAUAUACGUAAGGUAUAUAUUUGAAUCGCGUAAUGAUCAUUGGAUUUCAUCGAUUACUCGAGGAUGCAUAUGUUCUGGUGUUGAUCCAUGGCUGUAGUAUAUGUUUCUUAACUACAUAGAGAUGAAAAAAACUCUAAUGAACUCCCUUGCUGAAGAAUUACACUGUAUAUAUAUAUAAGGUCAAGGUUAUAU